GCGUGGUAGAGAUCGCGGGGGAUUGGGAUCGUUGAUCAUGGAUAUUUCUGUAAUAUUUGUGCAAUAUCAUCGUUAUUAUGAUAAAUGUAUCUGAUUUGAUGUGUGCCUUCCGUGCCUCCCACGUUUCAUUUUGAUUUGUGGGCUCUGGCGCAGUCAAAUGGUGGGGUGGUGACUGAAAUAACUACAAACUGAAGAUGGCAGAAAAGGAAGAGCCAGCUGCUGCUGGUCCUCAGGAUUUGGAUAAGAUGAUGGCUGAGCGAGUUAUAAGAGAUCUCCCAGAGCUUGAUAAGCUAGUUUCUGAGCAGGACAAGAAACUGGCCAGCACCGAGGAGGGCUUGCGCCGUUGGCGGAAGUACGCAGACGACUACCGGGCGCUGCGCGAGCGGCUCACCACCCUGCCACAGCAGGUGUCCCACCAGGUGACGGUGCCGCUGGGACCGCUGGCGUUCGCGCCCGGUCGGCUGGUGCACACCAAUGAACUGCUGGUGCUGCUUGGUGACAACUGGUUCGCGAAGACCAGUGCACACGCCGCCUGCGGUAUCGUCGACCGCCGCCUGGAACAGUGUGAUAAGACGGUGUCAGACCUGGAGAAGGAGAAGGAGCUGUUUACCAAGUGGCGAGAGCAGACGACGGCCAUCCAGGAGACUGAUAAAGACGUCCAGGAGAUCAGGGAGCCGCUAGACGAGGAAGCAGAGAAACAGUGGCGCGAGGAGCACCGUCGCCGGGUGGCCGAACACAAGCAGCGCGAGGCCGAGCUGCGCCAACAGGUGGCCGACCAGACUGACGUCAUGGCUCGCCUGGACGCGCUGGAGAAACUGGAGGAGCUCAGGGACGAGCUCGACAGGCUCUCCGACGACGGUGACGACGGCGGCGGCGGGGAGGACGACGCUGCCGACUCAGCCGCCGACUCUGCCGCCGACUCUGACUCUGACGGCUCUGUCAUCAUCCGCGAGACUCCGGAGCCGGCGCUGGACAGUGACGACGACAGUCGGCCGGCCUCACCCACCUCCCCGGCCGAGUCUCCGGCGCCACAGACGGGCGACGGCCGCCGCAAACGGGUCUCCUUCUCCGGGGAGCCGGGCGUUAACACAGUGUAUAUGUACGAUAAGGACGAGCCCACCGGCGGGGAAGGAGACGGGGACGGCACCCCGCCGGCGGCUGAGGACGCUGUCAGUCGGUCCCGUGAAAGCACACCUGUGUCGAUCCUGAAACCGUCCGACGGCCGGCCAGGGAGCCCUCUGCCGCAGGCAUCCAGAGCCUCGGACGAGGCGGCGGCGGCUGCGGCGGCCGCCGGCGCCGCCUGGGCAGCCGAUGAGGCCAAGGAGGCGGUGUCGACCGCGGCCGGACGGGUGCGCUGGCUUGGCGCGGGAGACAGCGUGCCUAUCGUCUCUGCUGAACAGGAGGAGCCUCUGCCGCCGCCGACUGCCGAGCCCGAGCGGCCCGAUCUCUCCAAGGUGUUCUCUUACAAGAUCGAGGAGCGAGACGCGACCACCACACCGGCCGGACCCCCGUUGGCCGCUAGCGAUGCCCCACCUCCCAAGAGGCCUCUGUCGCGCUUCCGGGCCUCUAGGAGCCAGCUCUGACGCUGCCCGAUGUUCCUGACGUCAUCAACCGGGUGUGACGUAAGACGCGGUCAAUCAUUUACGUUGUUAGAAGUGGUGUGUGGACUCGUACAGAGGAUGUGAUGUUUUUGUAACCUGCGUAUGAUGUUUGUGUACUAGUUCGUUAGUCAAUAGAGGUAUUGAGUCUGGUAUCACUCGGUGUAAGUUGUGACGCCACGUCAGAAGUCGGCGGAGCAUAAUUGGUCAGUCAUGACGUUGAGGCGCACCGUGACUUCGUAUUUCAAUAACGCGGUGCCAAGUUUGUAGCCGAUGUGCUGUAACUCUCCGUGUCGCUCCUGCCGGCGACCGUCAGUGUCUCGAUAUUGCUGGAGUGAUGCGCCGUCAUGUCAUAUCCGUGCUUCAAGUGACGAGCGAUGUAUGUCGUCGGUCCUGUGACGUAUUUGGUCUUUUGACGUCACUAUGUCUAGUCGACUGGGAUUAGGUCCCAACGCGACCUACGCUGAAUAGGCUCGCGGCGAUGGCCGUUUUGAUAUUGUUUGCGCUGGCGCCAGGAGACUUCCAGAGGCAAGGUCCGCGCAAGUAGAAGCUGGCUGUGUAUUUUCGCUACCCAAUGCGCAUCGAAUCAUACGUGCCUCAUGUAUGAGUGUUUAACUCGCGCUCGGCCAGGAUCUGUGCAGUACGCGGUGCUUUUCAUGCCAGUAGCGCAUGGCGAUGUGUCAGGUCACUGACGUGCCUGACGAGCUCUGUCAAGGGCGACAUCAGACCGACAUGUUGACCGUUAUGUAUCGCAUCCAAUGCAUACUCGAGUCGCCGGUCUGCCUGUCCCGCCAGGACCAACUUUUCCAUGAAUACAUGUAGCAGAAGCGUA